GCUCAAGACAAGGGAAGGGUGGGGCGGCGCGAGCACCUGCCAGGUACAAAUAUGCUAUGGACCUUUGAGCCGGAAAAGAUGACUCACGACCCAUUUUGCAGCAUGUCACGGACCAGACAGGCACUUCCAAGGCCCACGCGCACCGGGCACAGACACAGCGUGCCUUCUUCGAACCCAUUUUGGUUGUGCUGCAGUCACAGCAGCCCACGACGAGAUCCUGAGGCCUGCCAAAGCCCUCGGCCAUAUCAGUCGAGCAGGCCAACCGCGCAGAGCUUUGAUUUGAGACCGCCGGGGACGGCUGCGAACCACCAUGUUUGGUCACCUGAGCCCUGGGCACGAGAGGCGUCGGUUUCAUUGACGAACCCCAGUCUGGCUGCAGGAGCUGAGCAGCUGGAGGAUUGCAAGUGCUGCACAGCCCAGGAGGUUUCAAGGAGAGAAGCACUUCCAACGUUGGAUGCUGUUCGCACUCUGACUCUCAAGGGUGACCUGGAAGAGGUGAUCCGAGCGGACGACCGAAGCCUAGAAGGAGCUUUGGCUAAAGUCUUCGGCCUGGACGGUGUCUCUGCCAUUUUUGGCAGCACCUCUGCUGAUGGCGCAAAGAAACUCCAUUGUAGUGGCUUCAACCAUGUCUUCAUGAUCCAGCUGGGUGGGAAGCUGGCCAAGUGCAUUAGGCCGCAUGGCGGUGCUGGGGGGGACUUCAGCGAAGUGCUGGAGGCGGAGAGGCUCCGCUGCCAGUGCCCAAGCCUCUUGCAGGAUCCACAAGUGCUUUUUCCGGAGAAGUCCUUCCUGUGCAAAGACCAGACUCGAUAUGUUUGCGAGGUGCUGGUCUUCGAAUUCAUUCCGAAAUGUCAAUCCAUCGCUGACCUUUGCCGGGACUUUGAGCGCACUCACCCCUGCGGUGUGCGGCGCCAGAUGUCCUCGUGUGGGCAACAUCGUGGAUCCGAGGUUGGUUGUGACCACGCCCAAGCCCUUCGCGACCUCACCCGACAGGCUGCACAUCUUGGAAGGCACUUUCAAGCAGCGCACGGGCGCAGACACGGAGACUUCAAGGCAAACAAUGUGCUGGUGGACGAGCAUGGCAGGAUGAAGCUAGCUGACUUUCUGAGCCCCUUUUGCACCGCCUGCGAUAGACAGGAGUUUCAAACCUCUAUUCAGAGCAGCCAUCCCAUUGCAAAGGACUUGCAACAGGUCUUCGAAGCAGAAUGGCAGGGCGGUGGCGAGGCGGCCAGUGAGGCAAGCCUUCGAAAAAUCGCUUGGCUGGUGGCAGAGAUUCAAAGUCUGACUGAAGCCUCAAACCGGCAAUCCCUGUUCGGGCCUCUUCCGGACCUCCUACAAAGUAUUUCUUCUUGGACACACUCAAAAGCGCAAUCAGGUACUUCCGACUCAUUGGAUGAAAACAAUCCCAUAUGGUCGCCUGCAGCCACGAAGAACCCAAGUGAUCCAAGUCCGAGAAUUCGCUUUGAACGAAGCCCGGCCAAGACACAAGUCCACAUGGCCACAGUGGUGGCCGGAGUGCCUCCCUUGCCUUUGGGUCAUGAGUCGUCCAUCUUCGCUGAGCCCAACCUGCUCGAUCAUGCCAAGAGUAUGAUCGCAGCCUCCCAGGAGAGUGCAGCCACGACUGCGUGGGAGACACCGUCCUGGGCUGGGUGCCAGCUGCUGGCUUGCGGAUGUUCCACGGACGACUCUCACUCAGGGCUCACUUUUCCAAAGAUGCUCACAGUUGCCAGGAGCUCACCUGCCAAGUGGCCCAGCCCAGGCUUUGGAGACUCGGGCUCCUACAAACACAGCUGGCAGGCCAAUCGUAGUCCUCAGAGGGUGAGGAGAACUUCAGCAUUGGGCGCUGCGUCGCCAUUUUUCCCCUUCAGAGAGAUUGCCAUGCACAAAGCUAGCCUGCGAGUGGGCGACUUGCCACAGUGAGCGCAAGAAGCCCCCAUGAACUGCCGAAUUUGGGCAAAGUUUGUGGCAGGCAUUGCUUGGCAAUUUUCAGAUUUCACCAUUGCCCAGCAUGCGCAGGGUGGAUGUCUUUUCUCGGUCCAAGUGUCUUCCAUGUGAUUAUGUUUGAUGUAUAUAACCGUUGGCAUGCUGCUCGGAAUACCAUUUCUGCGGCGCCCCAGCCCU